UUUUUUGAGGUGGUAGAUUAUGGUUUAUCAUUUCUCAACGAGUCAAAGAAAAAGAGCAUAGCAAAACCACAAAAAUACCCGGGAACCCAAUGUCAUUCGGAGCUACAAAUGUCGGGUCAAAUUUCAUCAACGCUAUGUUCUUAUCUCUCCAGAAAACCCAUUUCCGGGUAUUCGGAGCUCCGUCUACAUUCCGGCGCACAUUAGCAACCCGCCACCAUGUAAGCAGGAAGAAGCUUAGGAGAGAGAAAGUUAGUUGCUCCGUUUCAAGUUUUAGAAGCCAAGAUGUUACUUCUACUGCUGCUACUAUCACUUCUCCUGCUCCAUUUGUUAAUGGCUACCCUGAAUAUGAUCGCUUACUACCCUGCCCAUCAGAAAAUAUGCCACCGAGAGUAGAGCACUUGGUUGUCUUGGAGGAAAGCCCUGUUUGUGAAUACAUCAGCAAAAGUUUGGAUCUCCCACCUUUAUAUGUUGCAGAUCUCAUCCAUUUUGGAGCUGUAUAUUACGCACAUGUAUGUCCGGAGCCUCCUGUAACAGCUACUCCUGAGCAAAUUCAAUUGUAUGAACAUUUUACAUCACCUGAACUUCUGAAAGAACGCCGUUCAUUUAAGGGGAAAACUGUCCGAGAAGCUCAAAAAACUUUGCGAGUAACUCAUCCAGAUGAGUACUUAGAGGCAGGAACAUAUUUGCGUGUACAUGUACACCCCAAACGCUUCCCAAGGUGCUAUGAAAUUGAUUGGAAAGCAAGAAUUUUAGCUGUAACGGAUUCCUAUGUGAUUCUGGACAAACCUGCGGGUACUUCAGUUGGAGGAAGUUCAGACAACAUUGAAGAAAGUUGUGCAAAUUUCGCAACUCGUGCUCUGGGAUUGACUUCUCCUCUCUUUACUACACAUCAAAUUGAUAAUUGCACAGAAGGAUGUGUUGUGCUUGCCAAAUCUAAGGAGUACUGCUCAACUUUUCACAAAAAGAUUAGAGAUAAAUUGGUUAAGAAGCUCUACCUUGCACUUGCUGCAGCUCCAGUUCCUCGUGGCAUACUUACCCAUUACAUGCGUCCUGCUAAUCUCGCUCCACGACUCAUUUCAGAAGAACGUAUUGAUAGAUGGCUCUUGUGUCAGCUGGAAGUCUUGAAUUGUAAGGAGGUUCCUUGGCCAAAUUCUUAUAUCAGAGAUAAAUAUGGAAUUGAAGACUGUGAAUGGCCUGUAAAGAAUACUGCUUAUGAGUGCACUGUUAAUCUUUUGACUGGUCGUACUCAUCAGAUUCGAGCGCAAUUUGCUGCUUGUGGGGCACCUAUAGUAGGUGAUUCCAUGUACUUGCCAGCUUCUGUUGCAGAAAUAGUCACUCCAGAAGUUAAUCCAUAUGGCAAAUAUAAAGGAGUAUAUUCAAGUGAGGAUGAAAAAAGAAUUGCUAUUGAUAAUUGGGUUGCCUUGCAUGGAAAGGAACCCACUGUCUCAAUUGGUCUUCAAGCUUGUCAAAUCUCCUGGGAUAACGGUGAGCAUAUGUACAAAGCCGGGUCACCAUGGUGGAGAUGAGAUGAUUUUCGAGAUGCAUGAGUUCUUUGAAAUUGAGAGCAUUAAAGUCAAGACUCCAGAUUCAUAGCUGCUCAUCAUGAACGGAUAAUUUCAUUCUGUGCCACGCCGAAGGGGCUCCUUUCGCAUCCCAAUUUGGAGAUUAUCAAUAGAAUCUGAGCAAUUUACUAUUGGAGUAUCCAUCAAAGCUAUGAAAUUUGGAUCAUAGAAGGGGACUCCUUACUAUUUACCUGGUCUCUGAAGAAUGUGAAGCACAAAUGAACAGCUUACUAUUAAGAUUUUAAAACAGUGAGAAGCUAAUGAACAAGCCUACUUACUGGUUCACCGAUCAAAAUGCCAUUUUUCGAAGGAGUUCUCAGGUAUAAACCUUCUGUCCAGGAAACUCCAGGUCCAGCUUUGCAUCUUGAGAACAUACAGUCCUGGGCAUAAUAACUUGAGUAGUGGUUGAUGCCAAUGAAAUCGAGCGCAUUAUUUAGUAUCUUCUUUUCUUUCUUUGAAAAUCUUGGUAAAUUUGGACCCAGAAUCUUUCGCAUUUCUUCUGGGUAUUCUCCAAACAUAAUUGGAUCCAAAAUCCUGCUCAGGAAUAAUACAACUAUCAUUAUCUU